GCGGUCUUUCGACGUUUCGACGAUCUAGAGCUUAGCAGGCCCUAACUCUUCAACAACAACAACAGAGCUUAGCGGGGAAAAUUAUAUUUUUAUUUAAAUAAAGGUCGAGCUGUGUGAGACAGCCCAACCAUGGUGCUCUCCGCCGCCUACCGCAGUGUGGUUCGGGCGGCCGACGUAUACGUUCCGAACAAGCUACGGCCGCUGUGGGAACACCCGGCCGGUCCCAAAACUGUGUUCUUCUGGGCUCCUGCUUUCAAAUGGUGUCUGGUGAUUGCCGGCCUGGGCGAUGUGAACCGACCGGCGGAGAAGCUGAGCGUGGGUCAGGCCGGCGCGCUGGCCGCCACAGGCCUCAUCUGGUCCAGAUAUUCCAUGGUCAUUAAACCGAAGAACUACAGUCUGUUCAGCGUGAACAUCUUUGUGGCAGCCACGGGCCUUUUCCAGCUAGGGAAAAUUUUCAAGUACCACCGUGAGCAGCGGGCGCUGAAAGCCGCCUCCUAAUGGCAAACUAGUCGCAUUUAGGGACCAGACGGCGUCACGGGUAUCGGCGCCGACCGGCCGCCGCGUGCCCGAACUAUACUGUGAUGUGUGACUGGGGACGGCCGCCGCUGACGGACCGGGCCGUGCGGCGCCCGCGCCGUCUCAGAGUGCCAGAGUUCUUAUAUAUGGGGUGCGUUUUGUUUGAAACUUGCCACUGAGCUCGACUCGAAGGAAGCUACUGACCUGUACCUCAGAGCCAGUCGGCCAGCAGACUUGUCCUGAACAUUUUAUGAUUUGAUUAGGAAAUUUUACGAUUUUUGUCGUAUCUCAGGCAUCGAAGAUCAUGUAAAGACUUGUCUGUGAUCGUGAGCGAUACGGGAUGAAUAGAUGGUGUACAACAUC